AUGGCCGAAAUCCCAAAAGUCCAGACAGUGGCACUCGUGCGUGAAAUUGGCGGUCCUGUCGAGUUUCCCACUGACUAUCCUGUUCCUACCCCUGGAAACAACGAGGUAUUGGCUAAAAUCCUCUACACUGGAGUGUGCUUGAGCGAUCUUCACACGAAAGAUGCUGUAGCCGCGGGCCCCGACGGUAUUCCGAUCACAAGGUUCAAAUUGCCUCACAUUGGCGGCCAUGAAGGGGUCGGUCGCAUCGUAGGGCUUGGCCCAGGUUGCGGGUCAGAUCUGAGUUUGGGGACUCUAGUCGGUAUUCGCUUCGCCAGUCGAGUCUGCAGACGAUGCGAGUAUUGUCUGGCCGGAACAGAACAAUACUGUCUGAAAGGCACGAAUCAUCUUCAUCACGAGGACGGCAGUUUCCAGGAGUAUAUUGCGCUGGAUGCAGACUAUUUGACCAUUCUCCCUGAUGAUGUCGAUCCCAAGGUCAUGGCACCGGUGCUCUGUGCUGGAAUCACUGCAUACAAGGGAGUCUUAGGAGCUAAUAUCAGGGCUGGGCACUGGCUUGCGGUUAUUGGGGCUGGAGGAGGCCUGGGCCACAUGGCAGUCCAGUACGCCAAAGUGCUCGGAGCCCAAGUAAUCGGCAUCGACGCCCCCGACAAACGCGACUUCGUCCUCGGCCUCGGCGCCACCGAGUUUGUCGACUUCGUCAAUACAGACCCCGUCCAGCGCGUCCGUGAAAUUACAGGCCUAGGUGCACAUUCCGCCGUCGUAACAGCCGGGAGCACAAAGGCUUUCUCUCAUGCGUGCGAAAUGCUGCGUACUGGAGGCACACUCAGCUGCGUUGGAAUGCCGCCUGGGACUGCAAAGUUUGAAACACCGAUUUGCGCGAUCGUCAUCAAGGCCUUAAAGAUUGUCGGGAGUGUCGUGGGUUCGAUGAGUGAGCUGAUGGAGGCCGUGGAGUUGACCCGGCGGGGGUUGGUGAGGCCGCAGAUCCAGGUUCGGCCGUUUAAAGAUCUGCCGCAUGUGUAUGAGGAGAUGGAGAAGGGUACUUUGAAAGGCAGAAUUGUGCUAGAAGUUAGUAGCAGCUAA